AUGGACAUAGGGAGGGACCAGCUCUUCAGUCAUUGGUCCACGAGCAUACCAGGACCUGCUCAGUAUGUCUUUGCUCAGGCGCAAAGGGCUCACAACCAGAGUCUCUCCAUACUGACUGCGGCACGAGACGAAAUCGAUUUCGCGGACUCUACGCUACUCUACCCUGCGGGAGUCGCUGCGCUGUCGAUCCUUGUAUUCCUGGUACAGUUGGCAUUGCAUGUUCGCACCCAGAAGAAGGCGUACGCGAAGCUUGCUCAGUCCGAACCUUCGCCCAUAUCCGAGCCUCUCCAUGCUCCAGAAGAGAGUGAAAACGCGUCUGCAUUGGUAAAAUACGUCAAGGAACACGGGGGCGUCGUCCUCGUCGCGUUCAACCGCGACCGAGCCUUGGUCCACUCUGCAACCCUGGAGCCUCAGAGCCUCGAGAUCGUUUUCCACGUUGGCACUUGUGUAACCUACGUGUACGCAUCAGCGCUCGGCAUCACCUCGCUGCUUGCUGAAUCCGUGGCCGGACCGCCCGCGGAGCAGACCGCUUCUAUCCUGUCACUCCUGCUAUAUAACUACCUUAGCCCGACGGUCAAGCUCGCGUCGCACGUCGAGCACCUGACCAUCGACAUGCUGCCUGCUCUGGCCGACUACGAUGACGCUCAAAAUCUAAUGAUUCGCAGUAUGAAUGAAAUCGACCCGUUCCGAGUGAAGGCGAAGGGCAGACAUCUCAUGUGGGGCCUCCUGCGCGUCUUCCGAAUGGAGUGGAUCGUCAUGGCCAUCGUGAUUUCUUUUGACACUACCUUAGAGUUCAUCAGCCCGCUGGCUCUUCGUUACAUCCUGAUGUACAUCGAGACGGACGGCGUAGGCAUCACUGUCCGGCCCUGGUUCUGGAUCGUGAUGCUGCUUAUCGGACCGAUCGCCGACUACAUCUUCGACUCCGUGUACCAGUUCCUUUCCACGAGAUUGUUGACCCAAGUCGAGGCGAUCAUUACACAGCUCGUCUUUGAGCAUGCUCUGCGCAUGCGCAUAAAGGCAGACGCCUCGCAAGAUCCCGCUCAAAGUGAAGGUGACACGACCGUCGCCGGCACACCCGACACGGCUUCCGAUGCUGACGACACCACAGCGGGCAAGGGAAAGCAGAAAUCCACGGCGCAGACGGUUCCCGUGGCUGCACAGAGUGCGGACGCUAACAAGAUUAUUGGGAGGGAGGAGAAGGCAAAGCCAGCAGACGAUGAAAAGAAGGGCAAGAACGUCGUCGGGAAGAUUAACAACCUCAUCUCGUCCGACCUCGCCUCUAUCGGCAUGGGUAGGGAGUUCUUGGUCCUCCUGGUCAAGCUUCCCGUCGAGAUCAUCUGCUGUGUAUGGUUCUUGUACGCCAUCUUGGGCUGGAGUGCAUUCGUCGGACUUGCUUCCAUCGUCAUCUUGUUCCCUGUUCCUGGUUUGAUUGCGUCGCGCAUCCGCAAGAUCCAGAUAUCGAAGAUGAAGAAGACCGAUGCACGUGUGCAGAGCGCGACGGAAACCAUGAACGUCAUCCGUAUGAUCAAACUCUUUGGCUGGGAGCCCCGAGUUGGGAAACAACUAGCGGAGAAACGUGAGGACGAGUUGGAGCUCGUGAAGAAGAGCAAGCUGCUUGACCUCAUCAACAAUAACCUAAACCACGCCAUUCCUUUGGUUACCAUGAUCGUGACCUACGCGACCUACACCAUGAUCAUGAAGCGAGAUCUUACAGCGUCUGUCGUCUUCUCAUCUAUUACGGUGUUCGAUACUUUCAGCCACCUAAUGCAUAUGGGCUUUGGUUUCGUGCCUAUGAUGAUUCGAGCUAAGGUGUCGCUGGACCGAGUGAAUGAGUUUUUGCAGAAGACCGAACUACUGGAUGAAUACUCUGAACAACCUGACGAAAUCCGGACUCAGAUCGCAGCGCAGCCGGAGGACGACGUCGUUGGGUUCCGCAACGCUUCCUUCACCUGGGCGAACCAAGUCAGCGGCUCCGCGGCUUCGACUCCUGGAAGCGGGCGAAGGAAUUUCACCUUGCAUAUCGACGACGACCUGGUAUUUGAGAAAGGCAGUAUUAAUCUCGUGAUUGGCCCGACUGGCUCAGGAAAGAGCUCCUUGUUGAUGGCUUUAUUGGGCGAGAUGCACUACAUACCCGCUGGCCCUGAUUCCUUCUACAAUCUACCUCGGGCUGGUGGUAUUGCUUACGCCGCGCAGGAAUCUUGGGUUCAGAACGAAACCAUUAAGGACAACAUUCUCUUCGGCGCCCCAUACAACGAGGAACGUUAUCAAAAGGUCAUUGAGCAGUGCGCGCUGAAACGCGAUCUCGAGUUGUUCGCUGCUGGUGACCAGACGGAAGUUGGCGAAAGAGGCAUCACACUGAGUGGCGGUCAGAAGGCGCGCAUAACACUCGCCCGUGCUAUAUACUCCAAGUCGCAGACGCUGCUGUUGGACGAUGUUCUCGCUGCGUUAGACGUUCACACGUCACGAUGGAUUGUCGAAAAAUGUUUUAAGGGUGAUCUUGUCCGUGGGCGAACGGUGCUACUCGUCACGCAUAAUGUCUCGAUGGCUAGCCCAAUUGCCGAUUUCGUCGUUGCCUUGGGCACAGAUGAACUCGCCGCGGAACUGCAAGGAGGAGCGGAACUAGAGAAAGCGGAAGCCACCGUUGACGAGCAGACCCCGGAAGAGGCCCCGAAGGAGGAUGGCAAGCUUGUAGUUGAAGAAGAAGUCGCAGUCGGGCAUGUCGGUUGGCAAGCAAGCAUUGGAGGGACCAUCAAGUCUUCUUUUGGCUUAGCUUCGUUGGAGUACGAAGAAAUGCCUUCGUCCGAAAUCAAAGUGCCAUACUUCCUCGGCGGAUACGGGUCGAUCAUGAUCACAUCAGUCCUCUUCUACAUGGCAGCCUUCUAUGAUAUCCAAGAAGUCGAUGGUUCCGUGGCGAGAUGGUUCAGUGUCAUCGUGGAGAUGUCGUUGGAGAUGCUCAUGAAGCUUGGUGUGGUGGUGGUGAUAUCCCCGAUCUUCCUCGUUCCCGGCGUAUUCAUUGCCGCCGUCGGCGCCUGGAUUGGGGAGAUCUACAUGAAGGCGCAACUUGCGGUCAAACGUGAAAGAAGCAAUGCGAAGGCUCCAGUCCUCGGCCACUUCGGAGCCGCUUUUGCAGGUCUCACCUCCAUCCGUGCAUAUGGUGCGCAGGAGGCGUUCAAAAAGGAGUCGUAUGUGCGCAUCAACCGAUACACGCGGGCUUCCAGGACAUUCUGGAGUCUCAAUCGCUGGGUAACCAUCCGUAUCAGUGCCCUCGGAUCGUUCUUCGCUGCGGCUUUGGCUGCCUACUUGGUAUAUGGGAAGGGCAUCACCGCAUCCAACACUGGAUUCUCCCUGAACAUGGCAGGUCAGGGAUAUCCAUCCUGGUCCUCACAUUCUCUGCUGACGUCUAUAAGUCGGAUUCAGCGCAUGAUCUUAUGGUGGGUGAGGAUCUUCAACGAGUUGGAAGUCUCAGGCAACAGUCUGGAGCGCAUCAAGCAAUACCUCGAGAUCGAGCACGAGCCCAAACCGACACCCGAAGGUGUUCCGCCCGCGUAUUGGCCAGCCAGCGGAGACCUGAAAGUCGAGAAGCUCUCCGCUCGGUACUCUCCGGACGGACCUCGCGUCUUGCAUGAGAUUUCAUUUGAGGUGAGAUCAGGGGAGCGAGUUGGCAUAGUCGGCCGCACUGGUAGUGGCAAGAGCUCUUUGACUUUGGCACUGCUACGGUGCAUCAUCACCGAAGGCAAGGUGUAUUACGACGGACAACCGACAGACAACAUCAACUUGGACGCUCUCCGAUCAACUAUCACGAUCAUCCGCAAGUGGUAUCCAGAGCUCUUGAGUGGGACGCUCCGUCAGAACCUGGAUCCCUUCCAGCACGACCUUAUCGAGGGCCGCAUCACUCUCGACACUCCCAUCGCGAGUGGAGGAACCAAUCUGUCCGUUGGGCAGCGCCAAAUUUUGGCUCUCGCGAGAGCCAUUGUGCGGCAGAGCAAGCUACUGAUCCUAGACGAAGCUACGUCCGCGAUUGACUACGCAACGGAUGCUGUGAUUCAGGCUUCGUUACGUGAAGAACUUGACAAAGGCGUGACUCUGCUCACUGUCGCUCAUCGUCUCCAGACCAUCAUGGAUGCCGACAAAAUCAUGGUGCUCGAUGCGGGCCGAAUCGCGGAAUUCGGGAAACCUAGCGAACUCCUGAAGAACGAACAGGGUAUGCUCCGUGCGCUCGUUGACGAGAGUGGCGACAAGGAGACGUUGUACGCUAUGGCGAACGGUGCAACUGGUUCUUCCUGA